AAUACAAGCAAAAAGGAAGCAACACUAUUGUGUACCCACAAGUAUAACAAUUCCAUACCCACUUACCUGCUCAAAGUUAAAAAGUCGAUUUUUCACACGAAAAUUUAUACGAACGUGAAGUGAAUGGAUGGCGAAAGUGAAAAUAACAGUAGGAAAAGCCAAAGGACUAGGCACAAAUAAACACAAACUAUAUUAACCAAUAGUUUGUGCAGCAGUCACAAUUUAUAUAAAAUUUAAGACCGACUCGUUGCACGAAAACAGAUACUCAUUUGAAAAACGCAACCUUACACACAUACCAGAAGUUAAGACGACUAACAUCGAUACUCGAACAAUUCGAAGGCCUAAUUAUGUGGUGAAGAGCAACUUUAAACUUUAGGUAUACACGUAUAUUAGGUUAAUCUUAUAAUUAGUGAAUUAAAAAGCAUGAAAAUUGCGAAGUAAGCAGCUCGCUUGGUCGCUCACCCCAUUCCGAACGGUGCAACGAACGCGCUUUAACAGUGCAUUGAAUUGUACGUGGGCGACAAUAAUCCCUUAAAUGCUGGUGCUGAUGGCGAACAAAUGGUCCUUGUGCAUUUCCACACUUACAUGGCUGACAUUGCUCUCAGUUACCAACUCGGUUCGGAUAACAAAUCUCAAAGUCCCUCACACGUACACUUUGGAUCGGAAUACUGAGCCUGAUCCCCUGGUGCUGGAUUGCGAGUACGAGGUAGAGCCGCGCGAAAAAGGAUUCGUGUUAAAGUGGUUAUUCAACAAUCACUCCAUUUACCAAUGGAUACCACAAGUAAAAGGUUUUGCCAUGGGCAUAAUGAAGUCCAAAAUAGACACCAAAAUAUUCACCAUGGAAGGCAGUCCUGGUGUUAUAACUAUAACGAAACCAGAUUGGAAUAUGACUGGGGAGUACACAUGCGCCGUACAAACGUUCGAGUCCACAGAUAAGAAAAGUGCCCGUCUUCAAAUUGUUGUUCCUGAGUCCGAUUUUGUGUUAGAAACGAAAAUGGAUGGAGAACAAAGUGACGUAGAUAUAAUGUGCGCGGUGCAAAAUGUAUUUCCCCAACCCCAACUUUCUGUAAUGUUUGAUACAAAGAUAAUAGACUCAGUUCUGACACACACUGAUCAGAACUCAAGCGGUCUGUACAGUACGACAGUCAGAACGAGAAUUCCGCGGGAUAAGUUGGAAUCGCCUACACCGAUCUCGUGUUCAUUUUUCCUACUUGGUACCACUUAUACUAAGAGGAGAGAAACAAUUUUCUAUGGUAAGUAGAGACAAAGCGACAAAUAUACAACGCAAGUGGACUACAGUUGCCGUAGUAAUAUCGAUUGCAUCUUUAACACUGAGCAGUUAGUUUGAUAGAACAUUUUUGUUCACUUAGAAUACUUUUGUUUAGAUUUUAAUGAAAACUGAAUUUUGCGGUAUUUUCAAAAGUGCUUAUUUUGUAAAUGCAUGUAAAUGUCAUAACAAGAAAAAUUAAAAAUCAUAUUCAUAUUUUUAUGUAUAAGUACAGACGUGUACUGAACAUUAAUAAAUACGAAAACAAAAAACAUAGUUUAGAUCAAA